AUGAGUAGACGGUUGGAGACCGCCUAUGCUUGCCUGCAGCGGUGUGCUGGUAGUCGCGUCAAGCAAGCCACGAUCCCUGUAGGGCGGCUAUUGGGCGAACCAGAGACACUGCACGGUAUCAUUUACGAGUUUGUCGACAUCGGCUGCAGUGUGACCAGCAUGCCGUCCGCCUCGUUGGGUGUACACAAACUGGUUCGCUUGCGACCUGCCUACAAACAACAGGUGGCGAGGGCCCACAGACAUGGCCGUCAUGUGGUCCGAAAAUCUUCAGGGACAAUGGAGAUCCCGAUACUGCCUCGCCAUGGAGCCCAUGCGGCCGCCAGGCCGGCCUCGGGUGCCUUGCGCAAGACUACCGGCCAGCAACGCGACCGCACCUGCGGCCACGGCACGGUCCUGGAGUCAGCCGCCUUGCAUGCAGCGAGCCCGGGGAGUAUGCAGAAUGCAGCCAACUUUCUGUGGAUCUGCAACGGACGGGUCCUGCCGCAGAGCCUUGAAUCCGACCGGUUGCGAUGA